CUCCCAUGCAAUUAAGACUACAGAAAAGGGCCACACCGGGCAUGCGCCUCUCCCCUAAGAGCAGGUCUAGGGUCGGGAGGGAGCGCUAGGUGGCUGGAGGUGUAGGUUGGGGAAGGGUGCGCUUUUCCUGCACAGGACGGAGAGGGCUUGGGGAGGUGGGGGGUGGUGGUGCUGCUGCUGCUUCUGGGCAAAGUGCGGUGAAGGUCGUUUCUCCCCCCACUCCCUGUGUGGGGCUCAUCCUGGUCAUCAUGACGGCGUCUCCCGACUACCUGGUCAUCUUAUUCGGGACCACCGCCGGUGCCAAUGGGGCUGGGCUGGGAUCCGAUGAGAGAGAGUUGAUCCAGUUGUUGUGGAGAGUGGUGGAUCUGGCCAGUAAAAAGGUGGGAAACCUUCACGAAGUGCUGAUCGGACCCGAUCACUUGGAGCUGACAGAAGAAUGCAAGGAAGAAACCAAGAUCGCGGAAGACAGCUUGGCGCUCGCCCCACAACUGGAGCAAGCUCUGAGACAGUUUAACCAGUCUGUGAGCAAUGAACUAAAUAUUGGUGUAGGUACUUCAUUCUGUCUCUGCACGGAUGGACAGCUUCAUAUCAGGCAGGUUCUACAUCCUGAAGCUUCCAAAAAGAAUAUCUUGUUGCCCGAAUGUUUCUACUCCUUUUUUGAUCUGCGGAAAGAAUUCAAGAAAUGUUGCCCUGGCUCACCUGAAAUGGACAAGCUGGAUGCUGAAGCCAUGGCAGAGUAUUUAUAUCUUGACAGGAACCAGUCAACACAUUGUUUUGGCAUGUCGCAAGUGGAAGACAUGGGGAAUGUCAUUUUAACACUCAUUUCUGAACCAUACAAUCACAGGUUUUCAGAUCCAGAAAGGGUGAACCACAAAUUUGAGAGUGGGACCUGCAGCAAGAUGGAACUUGUAGAUGAUAACACCAUAAUCAGAGCAAGAGGUUUACCAUGGCAGUCAUCAGACCAGGACAUUGCUAGGUUCUUCAAAGGCCUCAACAUUGCCAAAGGAGGGGCUGCACUUUGUCUCAAUGCCCAAGGCAGAAGGAAUGGGGAAGCUCUAGUCAGGUUUGUAAGUGAAGAGCACAGAGAUCUAGCACUGCAGAGACACAAGCAUCACAUGGGAAACCGGUACAUUGAGGUGUACAAAGCAACUGGGGAAGACUUCCUAAAAAUUGCAGGAGGCACUUCCAAUGAAGUCGCUCAAUUUCUGUCCAAAGAGAACCAAGUGAUUGUCCGUAUGCGGGGUCUCCCAUUCAAUGUAACGACGGAAGAAGUACUAGCAUUUUUUGGCCAGCACUGUCCUGUGACAGGUGGAAAAGAAGGAAUCCUGUUUGUUACCUAUCCUGACAAUAGGCCCACGGGAGAUGCCUUUGUGUUGUUUGCCUGUGAGGAAUAUGCACAGAAUGCAUUAAAAAAACACAAGGACUUGUUGGGCAAAAGGUACAUAGAACUCUUCAGGAGCACAGCAGCUGAGGUUCAGCAGGUGCUGAACAGGUACUCCUCUGCUCCCCUCAUUCCUCUCCCGACUCCCUCUAUCCUUCCUGUAUUAUCUCAGCAAUAUGUACCUCCUACCAAUGUCCGGGAUUGCAUACGAUUGCGUGGUCUUCCUUAUGCUGCCACUAUAGAGGACAUUUUGGGAUUCCUGGGAGAGUUCUCGGCAGACAUCAGAACUCAUGGUGUUCACAUGGUAUUGAAUCACCAGGGGCGCCCUUCCGGAGAUGCUUUUAUCCAAAUGAAAUCUUCAGACCGAGCGUUUAUGGCUGCUCAGAAGUGCCAUAAGAAAACCAUGAAGGACAGAUAUGUUGAAGUCUUUCAGUGUUCUGCUGAGGAGAUGAACUUUGUAUUAAUGGGGGGCACUUUGAAUCGAAAUGGCUUAUCCCCGCCACCAUGUAAGUUACCAUGUAUUUCUCCACCUUCAUACACAUUUCCAGCUCCCACAGCAGUGAUCCCAACGGAAGCGGCCCUUUACCAGCCUUCUGUGGUCUUCAAUCCACGGACUCUUCAGCCUUCCACAGCGUAUUACCCAGCUGGCACUCAGCUCUUCAUGAACUACAUGGCAUACUACCCCAGUAUGCAACAAAGAAUGGAUCUGUACACACAGAUGAAUCGGCCCGGUCAGUGCCCGAAGAAUGGUUUUGUCUUUAAAGGUCCGAGCAGCUAAAUUUUUCAAAGAUUCUACCUGACCUGCUACACAACUUCAACCAGCCACAUGGAGAUCCUUCUAACAACACUUCGAAUUCGGCAGCUACUGAAACAAUCUAGCAGAAGAAAAGUUACUGCUGUCUUGGAUAUCUGCCUGCCUCUAGUUCUUUUUUUAAAUAAAUAACAAAGCACAUGCACACUUGACCACAGGGAUGCACCACCCAUGCAAAACUUGCCAUUAAAAUCUUUGAUGUUCACUACUUGAGCGCACAGUUGCCAAAUUCACGAGAGAGGAUUUUCCCCUGUAUUGAAAUUGUUAAACUAUCUCCAUCACAAAAAAAUCCUGCUUGAGAUUAGGACACUACUAAACUCUUGAAAUGUACCAAGAUAAACCGACCUUUUUAAUUUGUGCACAUUGAAUCUUUUAUAAAUUGAGAAAGGCGUCUUAGAAUUGUGCCUUUUUAUAUAUUAAAAAAAAUCAUUUGUUUGCUUUGUGGUGUAUGCAUGCGUGUGUGUGUAUGUAUGUGUAGGUAUACAUUUAAAAACUAUCUUCAGCUUCUAGCCAGGCUUACUUGACAGGUAGAAAUAGUUAAAAAUAAAAAAAAAGAAAAUACUUUGAGAGAAAAUGCUGUAAUGUUAUGUAAAAUAUAUUAUCUAUAUAUAAAGUAUUAAAAAAAUGCUAAAAAUUUGUAUAUUGCACAGCGACUCUACAUAUUUAAGUUACUGUUCUAGGAAAAUCCAACAGGAGAUUGUUAUGGAACAAGUGUGUAAAAAAAAAAAGUCGCAAUCUCUGACUCGGCUCUUCCACAACAGUUAUGAUGCAGAACUUCUUAUAAUAAGAAGUAUUAAUAUCCUAUUAAACUCUGGCACUGGGAAAUCAUGAGGAUACAAUACUUGCUCACAAUGAUCUUGCCUUUGAAGGAAGUAAUAUGAUGGUGAUCUUUGAAAUUAUUGGGGGACUGUAAUCAAACAACCCUCAUUUUAACAUUUAGUACCUGGCCCCUUUGAGACGAAUGCUGAAUUGUUACCUUAAGUAUAGAAAACUUUGGCGGGGGGCAGAGAGAAAUAGAAUAUCACUGCUGUAGAAUGGUUUUGAACAGCUCUACAUGGAUUCUGUACCAACUUGCUAUGUGGAUGCUCUUCUCCAUUACUUUUGACUAAUGUUGCAGUUGCAUCUUCCUCAAGUAUUAAACUAUUUUAAAUCUA